AUGCGCAAGCAGCGCCGGCGCGACGCCGCCGUGCGGACGACGUACAACGAGGCGGCGGCGCACUACGAGGCCCACGAGUCCGGCCUGCUCGAGGCCGAGUCGAAGACGGAGCGCACGCACAAGGUGAAACAGGAACAGAUCGCGGGCGCCGUGUCGCGCAACUCGGCCGUCAACGCCUGGAAGCACCCGCUGACCCUCGGCCCCUACGGCGUGUCGUUCAGCCGCACGGGCCGCCACGCGCUCCUCGCGGGCCACGGCGGCCGCGCCGCGGUGCUCGACCUCCACGCGAACGCGCCCAAGUGCGAGGUCGUCGCCGGCGAGUGCGUGCGCGCCGCCGUCUUCCUCCACGACGAGACCAUGUUCGCCUGCGCGCAGAAGAAGUACGUCUACGUCUACGACGACUCCGGCGCCGAGGUCCACCGCAUGAAGCAGCACCUCGAGCCCGAGCACCUGAGCUUUUUGCCCUUCCACUUCCUGCUCGCGUCCAUGGGCCACAGCGGCUACCUCAAGUACCACGACGUGUCCACGGGGACGCUCGUCUCGGAGCACGCGACGCGCCUCGGCUCCGCGCACUCGCUGGCCCAAAAUCCCCAAAGCGGCGUGCUCGACGUGGGCCACGGCAACGGCGUCGUCACCCUCUGGUCGCCGGCGUCGCCGCAGCCCCUGGCGCGCGUGCUCGCCCACCGGGGCGGCGUCGCGGCGCUGGCGCACAGCGCGUGCGGUACGUACCUGGCCACCGGCGGCGUCGACGGCUUGCUCAAGAUCUGGGACGCGCGGACCUUCCGGACCCUGCGGGAGACGCGCUUGAAGGGCCGGGCGCCGACGUCCCUCGACUUCUCCCAGCGCGGCAUGCUCGCCGUGGCCUGCGCGCACUCGAACGGCGUCGAGGUCUACGAGUCCGCGACGAAGGCGAAGGCGUGCGCGCCGUACCUGUCGCACGCGCUCGCCGGCGGCGUCGCGGCCUGCGCCGCGCGGUUCCGGCCCUUCGAGGACGCCCUGCUCGUCGGCCACGCGCGCGGCGUCGACUCGAUCCUCGUGCCCGGGAGCGCGGAGGCGAACUACGACGCGCUCGAGGGCGAGAACCCGUUCCGCACGAAGAACCAGCGGAAGACGGCCGUCGUCCGCGGCCUGCUCGACAAGCUCCCGCCGGAGACCAUCGCCCUGGCCGGCGCCGACUUCGUCGGCCAGGUCGAGCGCGACCCGGAAGCCGCGAAGAAGGACAAGCGCGCGCUCGAGGACGCGGCGAACGCCAAGCUCGAGCAGAAGAUCAGGGACAAGAAGAAGACGCGCGGCCGCUCCAAGCUCAAGGCCAAGCUCAAGAAGCGCCUCAAGAACGUCAUCUCCAAGGAGACGAACAUGCUCCGCGACAAGGUCGCCGACGAGGCCCGCGAGAAGAAGCGCAAGCGCAAGGCCGGCGGCGACGGCGCCGCCGCCGCCGCCGGCGACGACGCGCCCGCGGACACGUCCACGGCCCUCGACCGCCUCUUCUCCCGCGCGAAGAAGAGGUAA